AGCCAGCCUACAACAGUAAAGGACAAAAAAGUGAGAGCUACUCCGUGCUAAUUGGAAACAGAGAGUGGAUGCACAGGAAUGGUUUGAGCGUAAAUGAAGAAAUAGACUCAAUUAUGAAGGAACAUGAAAACAAAGGGCAAACAGCAGUGGUAGUUGCCAUUGAUGGUGCCAUUGUCUGUGUAAUGGCUGUAGCUGAUACUGUGAAACCAGAAGCCCAUCUUGCUGUGUACACGCUGAAAAAGAUGGGACUGGAUGUGAUUCUACUGACAGGUGACAACAAAAAGACUGCUGCUGCUAUAGCCAGACAAGUCGGCAUCACUCGAGUGUUUGCAGAAGUCCUUCCAUCCCACAAGGUGAUGAAAGUGGAACAGUUACAGAAAAAGGGUAUCAAAGUAGCCAUGGUUGGGGAUGGAGUUAAUGAUUCUCCGGCUUUAGCUAAAGCUAACGUAGGAAUUGCUAUUGCUAAUGGAACUGAUGUAGCUGUGGAAGCUGCUGAUGUUGUUCUCAUCAGGAAUGAUUUACUGGAUGUUGUUGGAGCAAUCGACUUAUCUCACAGAACAGUCCAUCGUAUUCGUCUGAACUUUCUUUUUGCAAGCAUUUAUAACCUUCUUGGAAUUCCUAUUGCUGCAGGUGUUUUUAUGCCAUUUGGGCUUGUACUUAAACCUUGGAUGGGAUCGGCUGCAAUGGCUGCAUCCUCAGUGUCUGUAGUGUGCUCCUCUUUGCUUUUAAAACUCUAUCGUAAGCCAACAAGACAAAGUCUUCAGACCUUUGAAUACCAAGAAAUACUAAAAAAAUCACAGCUGUAUUCAUCUGAAUGGGAUGACAUAUCAAUCCAUCGAGGCCUUGAUGACAUUGAAAUUCCCGAACUUAAAGGCUCUGUGCUAAGUUAUAAUCUUAGUCGAGUAUUAAACAUUGUACAGGGAGGUAAGCAGACAUCUAAAAAUGGGCACUUGUUAAGUGAUGAUGAUGAAAAUAUGGAGCUCUCUCCUCUUAAUUGCUAAAAAUGUACAUGUAAUAGCUAUUUAAGAGUGUUUAAGUUCAAAGUUCAGCCUAAUGAAAUAUUGUAUUUCAUUGUUCGUCUACCAUCGGUAAGGGGAUGUAAUAUGAAUUGGAUAGAAGUGUAGAGGAAUAAGAUUUUCUUCAUCUGAUGAAAAUGUUAUUUAAACAAACUAAAAGCUACUAUAGAUGUAGGAUAUUUCAGUUUUUGUAAUGAUAUAUUGUGUGAAAUAAGUAUCGUAUGAUGAAAAUAUAUCCUACUAAUUUAUAUAAAGAGAUGAUUCUUUCUUGUCACACAAAACCAAAACUUAAUUGAAAAAAUAGGCAUGUAAUUUGUAUUUAUAUAAAUAUAAUGAAAGUAAUUUUGGAAGAAUGAAAUACCUGAAGAGAUUCUGUAAUACAACCAAUCAGGGGAUAGAACUCCUCUUAUUGUAGAAGUAAGUUAAAUGUGCGGAUGUACAUUAAAGGAUACCAGAUUAGUAUCCUGUUUCUCACACAGAUAUUUGGCUGUAUUGAUUGUCAUGAAAACUAGUCAGUUCCAAAAUAUUGUUUUCAGUUUUGUGACUAAACUCCUAAACGGUUGCGUUUCCACAACAAUUUCAUUUAAACAUUUUAUUUUCGUUGUGUAAGUUUUGCUUAACUUGUUUUGAUAUUCUUGUUUACUAUUAAACAUUUUAUUAAAUAAUUAAUUUAUAACUAGAAAAAACAAGUUUACUUAUUGGUACCUCAUGUUGAGGGCUACUCUAAAAUACAACACAGUAGUAAUUAAAGUGCUGUUACAGAGCUUAUUUUGUUCAGUUAUGGCACACGGCUCGUUCCAAUUAGAUGUUUGAAACGUGUAUUGAUUCAGGCUAGAAAUAUAAAAAGAUGGAAAGGAAUAGAAUGCAUGUCUUACAUGUAGUUACAUUUUUUAAUAUGGUUUAAACUGCGUUUUCACUUACAGAGUAGCUCCUGGUUAACAAAGCUUGCAAUCAUAUUAAGCCUCCUUAUAUUACCCCCUCAGUGAUGAAACUAAGAUUGAUACUAGCCAUACUGUUCUGAUACUAAGCAGCUGUUUAACCUGCCAAUUGACAAAAUUCAUAAUUAUUCUACAAUGCCUUUAGGUUAAAAAUGCUUAUAGCUUACAAGGUCACGCUGUUAUCGUCUGAUUGGCAGUGUUAACAAUAUCACUAAACUACAAUUUUAUCACUUGUAGAUUAACAAUACUUAUAGUUUACCAGGUCACAUUGUUAUCCUCUGGCUGGCAAUGCUAACAAUGCCACUAAGCCACACUUUUAUCACCUCUAGGUUAACAAAGUUAAUUGUUCUGAACCUCACUGAAUGUUUAUUUGUUUAAAAACAACAGCAUAGAGAACUGUUAAAAACUUGCUAUAAUGAUUUAUGACUGGACAAAUGUACUUAUAUUGGUCAGAGAAUAAUCUUUAUAUAAAAGUAUUUAACAUCUGUACUGUUACCUACAGUUUUUAACAAAACCUAGACAGUUAUACCGAGUUAGUUGUUUUAUGAACGUUCAGCUAGACAACUGUGACCUAUUAAGCUUUUUACUAUUCUUCUUGUAGAAUGUGUACAGAAAGUGUCAUCUUCAUUUGAAUUCUCAAAAUGAGAAAGUCCAUACAUUAGAAUUAUAUUUAUCUAACAAAACUAUUUGUAGCAAUCACUAGUUCUUGAAGAUGUUUCUUUUCCAAAUAACAUACAAGUAUUAUUGUACACUAACUUAUUCCAACAUUCCUGCUGAGCACAGUAGAUAACCUAUGUUAAAUAUAAUACAUGAUAUUUAUGUGCUUUAGUUACCAAUUUGAUUCUAAGGGUAAUUUCUGUAUUUUUAUUAGAGAUUCUAGGCAAUCAGACUAUUGACUGUUAAAUGUAUGAUAAAGCAUAUAUUAAGUUUGAUCUUCUACAGAGAAGAGUUAAAACAAGUAAAAACAUCACUAAAAACAAGCUAAAACAAGUAAAAACAUCACCAAACAUCACUAAAAACAAGCUAAAACAAGUAAAAACAUCACCAAAC